GGGAGAGCGGGAGCGGCCGCUGAGCGCGAGUCAGGGUUUGGAGGGGGUCCGAGGCCCCGGGGCUGUGAGCGGGGGGUGUCCCGGCUCCGGGUUGUACCGGCGGCGGAGUCGGCGAUGGGCGCUGCGGCUCAGGGUCUGGUGUCUCUGAUUCUGACCGAGUGGCUGUGGGUCGGUGCCGCCGCCGCCGCCGCCGCUCAGGAGGUUGGUGACGAAUGGCCAUAUGAUGACUGGCUGCAAUCUGUGAAACUGAACAGGCAUUUUGUAAAAGAAGGCUUUCACAGAGAGAUAGUGACUGAUGUUGAGUUUGGCGCAAGUGUCAGUUCAGACUGCUGUGUUAUGGUGAAGGAGCAGUUGCCCCAGGGACUUUAUGUGGAUCCAUAUGAACUGGCAUCUCACCAAGAGCAUAACAAAACGGAGGUGCUGGUCCUGGAUGUGAUUGAUAUUGAAGCUCCAGAGUACCUGUCAACUGUGCACUCGAUUCUCAUUUACCUGAAGCCUCACUCCAGACGCGCUGAUUAUUUCACUGCCACUGUACCUGUGCACAUCCGGUACCAUCGACCAACUAGUAUGGGAGACACCGUUACCUUGGUAACCCUUGCAGAUCCAGAGCUUAUGGUUCACUGUGAGAGAAGCCUUGUGCACGAAGGAGGAUUUAAACUUGCUUUGACCAAAGCUCCCUGCUCAGUAAGCAACCACAGUAUCUGUAACUGGAUAAAUGUUAAUUAUCAAACUGUUACAAGUACACUAUCACUACAGGUGCCUGUAGGUCAGACACAUCAUAUUGUGGCAGUUUCCACUGUGACAUUACUCACCACUGUGCUGUGUUGCAGUCUGCUUAUCAAAACUGUGUGGACAUAUGGAGAGUUUGAAUACUCAAUUCAGAGAUAAUUGGAGGACCCUAAGAGAUGAAGUUGCGAAACUGAUGAUUGCUUGAGUGGAAACCAUCUCAUCUAUUUGCAAUGAACAGUCCAGCUUUACAAGUGGCUCUGUUCUCUUUGACAAGCCUGGAGGGACUGCAGUUCAUUUUGUACGUUCCUGAAGACUCCUGGUCAUAUGGUCAGGUCUGCUAGAAAUGAGAUUUGUCAGAGCAGAUGGGAUUCACUUCAUUAUGCCCUCUGAUAAUAAUAACAAUAAUAAUUAUCCUUGCAUUUGAUAUAGCGCUUUUCACAUCUUUGAGAGAUCUCAAAGCUCUUCACAGAAUAUACUGUAAAGUGAAUUGACUGUAUAUUUGUGGGCAAAACGUGGCAGCUAAUUGCGCAGAGCAGUGUCUUACAAACACUAUAUAAAAUAAUAUAUAGAUAGCAAUCUGUAUCAAGUUAGUCCCAAAAUAGUAAGAGGCUUAUUUUCUGCACAUCCGUAGUUGCUUUCAGAGAGUGAAAUUGAUCGGUUUCCUUCAGCCACUCAGAAGCCACAAGUCAAUGAGCAUCUCAGAGGAUUGUCCACUUUCCUCUUUGGCACAGCACUUUAAAAUAGAUUUUUGUAAAUUGUCCUGGUGUAUGAGGGGUAUUUAUGGGUACAGUAUCUCUCAGAUUAACAUUGCACAGUCAUUUCAGUAAUGGGGUGAUUUGUGGAUUGCCAAAGAAGACUUCAAGAACAAGUCAGAUCAUCCUUGCUGAUGUUAAAGAUUAAAUGCUGAUGAUUAUCAUUGA